AUGGCGCCGCCCCUCGAGAUCGCCGCCGCCCCGGACGACGCCUCGACGGGCGACACUUUCCAGCUAUUGAAGCAGACGCUGGAGCUCGACAUCAGCUUCUGUCCGCGCCAGGUCACGGGAAAGACGACACUCGACAUAUUACCCGAGAGAGGGCAGCUGCGCGAGGUCAUCCUCAACGCUAGGCAGCUCAAACCGACCCAAAUCAAGAUUGAGGGACAGACGGCGAGCUUCAACUACUCGAACCUGCACCAGCGCAUGACACUGUACCCCGGCACCGACCUCGGCCAAUACCACUUCCCCAAAGACCGGAUCCAGCGACAUGUCAACGAAGGCGCGGACGAGCUGGUCGUGUACUUGCCCGACAGCGUCAAGAUACGGGAAGUGAAGCCCGAGGAAGCCGGCCAGCCUCUCGAUGCGCAGGGCACCUUUUACGCCCCGCUCAAGGUGGAGAUAGACUAUAUCUUGGACGACUUCAGGGACGGGCUGCAUUUUGCCGGCGUCGAGGAUGGAGACUCCCGUUUCCCGCAUGCCUACACGCGCAACUCGCCCUUUCCCGGCACCGCAUCCUGCCUGUUUCCUUGCAUAGACGACGGCGAGACUAGGUGUCCCUUCGACGUGGCCAUCCGGUAUCCGCGUACCAUGGGCGAUGCGCUCAGCAAGCACUCACCAGGAUCAGGCACCGGCCAGGCGCUUGUCAAUGGAGUAGACAAGGCGGACAGUGUCAUGUCUGACUCAGAUGACGAUGCAGGGUUCUCCGAAGAGGAGAAGGCCAUGGAGAUGCAAGUCAUCUGUUCUGGCGUUCUGACCGACGACAUUCUGGAUCCCGCAGACUCCUCGCGCAAGACUGCCAGCUUCACGUGCGAAUCCCUUGUCCUCCCCCAGCAUGUUGGAUUCGUCAUCGGCCCAUUCGAGCACGUGGACCUCUCCGACUACCGCGAUCUUGCCGACGAAGAACGUCUCGCCGAGAGCGCCAUCAAAGUACACGCCUUUUGUCUGCCCGGCAGGGAAGACGAGGUGCGCAACAGCGCUAUGAUGCUUGCAAGAGCUCUCGACAGCUUCACAGAACGGUUCCAAAGUUACGCAUUCGGCAAUGCGUACAAGCUUGCCUUCGUGGACGACCUCGACUGCGACGCUUCCCAUACUGCCUCCUUCUCCAUCUGUAGCUCCAGGCUGCUAUUUCCAGAGACGAUCUGGGAGCCACUUGAACACACCACCAGGGUCUUGGUACACGCGGUUGCCAGCCAAUGGAUUGGAGUCGACGUUAUUGCACGAGACAUCUAUGACUAUUGGAUAAUCGUUGGGGCCUCUUGGUUCAUGGCCGAGCUCUACUUGCGCGAGCUCUUUGGCCGAAACGACUGGAGAUUCCGCCAAAAGUUGAUGGUCGACAAGGUCAUACAGAUGGACAAGAAGCGGCCUUCGCUGCAACGCCUCGGCCAAUACCUGCAGCUGGAUCACGCCGAGCAAGAAUUCAUGGAACUCAAGUCCCUCAUGGUUCUCUCCAUCCUACACAACCGAUUGGUCAAACAGAGUGGGAAGAAUGGUGUUGAUCGAUGUCUCUACCGACUAUUGUUCAAUGCCCGUCAAGGCAAAUACGACAAUGGCGCGAUCACGACAGAAGACUUCCUCGACAUAUGUGAGAAGGUCGGGCAUCAGAAGCUCGACUCUUUCUUCAGUCAGUGGGUUGUGGGAUCAGGAUGCCCCAACUUCGAGUGCUUUCCGUCGUUCAACAAGAAGAAGCAAGUCGUGCAACUUCAAAUUCGACAGAUACAGGCAGAUUCGACCGUCACAACCAUUGAGAACGCUCUAUCAGCCGACGACUUUAUGCGAGAAGCGAAAGAGAGCGCACAUGGCUUUCUGCAUGGGAAUGAGUUCCCGACUUUCGUCGGUCCUAUGACCAUUCGGAUACACGAAGCUGAUGGCACACCAUACGAGCAUAUUGUUGAUAUCAACUCAUCUAAUGUAAAGGUCGAGAUUCCCUACAAUACAAAGUACAAGCGCCUGAAGCGGAAUCGCCUGAACAAAGAACGACAGGCUGCCGCGGCUGGGCUUGAUGCGUCAGGCGAAGCUCAAGAGGAUGUCACCUUCUACAUGCUGGGCGAUGUCUUUGGAACAGCAAAAGAGCAAGAAGAAUGGCGACUCAGCGACUGGCCUGCUGAAGACGAGGCCAAGAUGGAGGGAGAAGCUUACGAGUGGAUCCGCAUCGACGCUGACUUUGAGUGGAUAUGUCGAGCGCACAUCAAUGACAUGCCAUCUUAUAUGUACGUUUCUCAGCUACAACAAGAUAAGGACGUUGUUGCGCAGUACGAAUCCAUACAGUUUCUGGCCAGCAAGGAAGGGCAUAGAUUGAUCUCUACAUUCCUGGUCAAAACGCUCAUGGACAAUCGAUAUUUCCAUGGUAUUCGGACAUAUGCUGCCGAUGUCAUGGCUCAGAGCGCCUUGAAGCGAACGGAAUGGACGGGGCUGUACCAUCUUAAGAAGGCUUUCCGCGAGCUCUUCUGCAUCCCAGGUUCCCCAAUGACGCGAUCGAAUGACUUUUCAGACCGAAGCUUGUAUCUGAUACAAUGCGCUAUCCCAAAAGCAAUCUCCAAGAUCAAGGGCGAGGAUGGAAGAGCACCUCUGGAAGCAAAGCGUUUCCUGCUCGACAUCAUUCGUUACAAUGACAACAGGGGAAACGAAUACAGUGACGACUACUACAUCUCGACUCUGAUGCACUGUCUGGCAGAUUGUCUCACCGCCAAUAAGAGUGGUGAUAUGGAGCUGUUCGACGCCGAGACAGAGCGCGACGAGUUUGAGUUCACCAAGAAGGCCAUCGAAGAGCUCACACGUCAUCAGCGUCUCGAUGAAUGGAUACCCACGUACCAGAACGUGUACACGACAACUGCACUUGACUGCGCUCGCAAGCUCAUCAUGAAUCGCGUCACUCCCUUUAAGCCAUCCGAGUUCCUGCAGUAUGCCCAGCUUGGCAAUGCUGACAAUGUGCGACUGAAGGCAUGGGACUGUCUGGUACGGCUUGGUAUGUUGCGGAAGGAUGCAGUCUUGAAGUUCUUGAUGCACGACAUUCGAUCUGAUCCGUCGCCAUAUUUCAGGAAGCAGCUUCUACGUGUCUUCAGCUUUGCGAUCGGUCAAAUUGCGACAGGCGAUGUCUACACGCCAGAGAAGCCCGCCGACAAUACUCUUGGUGGUCUGGUAGUUGAGACAGAUGCCGAUAACUCGGACCGUGCCAGCCAGCUUGCCCGACAGAACCUGAACGGUGCCCAGCGAGGAUUGAAGACAGACCUUCAAAACAACCAGACCUUGAAGGAUGCACUCGAGGAGGCUUUGAAUUCCAAGACCUUGUCGACCAGCGAUAUGUUGGAACUCCUGGACUUCUGUAACAUGGUAUUCGACCAUCUCAAGCGCAACACACUGCCUAUCGUUCUGCGUAUGCCACGCUACUGGAGAAUGGAGAACCUCGGACAAGGUCGCCUACGCUUCACACAAACAGGCGCCUACCGAAAGAGGUCGAAGCCAGCUCAUGUCCCGGUUGUCGAAGAUGUGGUUGCACCCGUACCCUUGGUGCCGAUGGCACCUGUCGUCCAAGCCCCACCACCGGUGUCUGCACCGAAACUGAAGAUGUCGCUAAAGCUGAAGCCAGCUGGAUCGCCUCCGCCUCCAUCGGCCGACCCGGGACCACCCAAGUCGAGACAGCAGUCGGGAAUGUUCUCCCCACCGGUCGUCAACUCUCCAACGUCUUUACCAGAGUCGGCAAAGGCAUCUCGUGCACCUACUCCGGCAGCUGCCAAGCCCGAGUCUCGAGCACCAACGCCAAAGCCCUCACCCGCACCGGUGGUAGCACCGCCCUCGAAGCCGGCGACUCCGGCACCUGUUGUAAAGACACCAGUUCCACCACCUGCGCCUCCUGCACCUGUCGUUGCGGCACCAUCACGACCUGCGCCAGCGCCUGUCAGCAUUCCAACUGGCAUCUCUACACCACCAGCCAUUCACUCUCCCAUCCCGCUUCCAACGACAACGACCAAACUCAAGAUCAAGACAAAGCUCGGCCCGGCAUCCGCCUCUGCCAGAGCAUCAGCAGCACCCUCGCCCCGACCGUCCGCUGCGCCCUCUCCUCGACCUUCAGCCGCCCCCUCUCCCCGACCCAGCGCAGCAGCCGUCCCUACAAUCAAGGCCCCCACGCCUGCCUCCUCAUCUGCGACGCCUAAGGGGCCAAAGCAGAAGCGCAAGAUCGUCAAGCUUUUCCUGCGCCCGGAACUGCUCGCACGAUUCACAAACGAUCGCAAGAGAAAGCUGCAAGUUGACGAUAGCGAUAGGCCGCUUAAGAGGCAGAGUCUGGAGCCGAAGAGUGGGAGGAAGACUGGGCUCGUGCAGUGGGAUAAGUAUGGAGGCGACAAGCCGAGAUUGAUCGUUAAGAUGAAGGUGGGCAAGGGGAAGUUGCCUAUCGAAUAG